CCGGGGUUCGGAGAGCGCCCGCGUGGGAGCGAGGAGCGCGCGUCGCUUUGUGUCGUGUUCUAUUUUUGUAGUGUUACACGUUGCAGAUAGCAAUGGCAACCCGUGUGCUUGUAAUUGGCAAUGGAGGAAGAGAACACACUCUCGCCUGGAAACUUGCACAGUCUAAUCAUGUCAAACAAGUAUUGGUCGCCCCAGGAAAUGCAGGCACUGCUUGCUCUGAUAAAAUCACAAAUACUGCCAUCUCAGUUAAUGAUCACACUGCCCUAGCUCAGUUCUGCAAAGAUGAGAAAAUUGAAUUUGUUGUUGUUGGACCAGAGGCGCCUUUGGCUGCUGGAAUUGUUGAGAACCUGACGUCUGCAGGUGUAAGAUGCUUUGGCCCCACAGCAAAAGCAGCUCGGUUAGAAUCCAGCAAAAAGUUUGCCAAAGAGUUUAUGGAACGACAUGGAAUCCCAACUGCAAAAUGGAGAGCUUUCACCAAGCCUGAAGAGGCCUGCAACUUUAUCAUGAGUGCGGACUUCCCUGCUUUGGUUGUGAAGGCCAGUGGCCUUGCUGCUGGGAAGGGGGUUAUUGUUGCAAAGAACAAGGAAGAGGCCUGCAAAGCUGUGCAGGAGAUCAUGCAAGAUAAAGCUUUUGGAUCAGCUGGAGAAACGAUUGUCAUUGAAGAACUACUUGAAGGAGAAGAAGUAUCUUGUCUGUGUUUCACAGAUGGAAGAACUGUGGCCCCUAUGCCCCCAGCACAGGACCAUAAGCGAUUACUGGAUGGAGACCUGGGCCCCAACACUGGGGGUAUGGGAGCCUAUUGUCCAGCACCUCAGGUCUCAGAGGAUCUGUUAUUAAAAAUUAAAAAUACUAUUCUCCAGAGGACAGUGGAUGGCAUGCAGCAGGAAGUUACACCUUAUACAGGUGUUCUGUAUGCUGGUAUAAUGCUAACCAAAGAUGGUCCAAAAGUUCUGGAGUUUAAUUGUCGUUUUGGUGAUCCGGAGUGUCAGGUAAUCCUCCCCCUUCUUAAAAGUGAUCUUUAUGAAGUGAUCCAGUCCACCUUAGAUGGCCUGCUGUGCACAGCUCUACCCGUGUGGUUGGAAAACCACUUUGCUAUCACUGUUGUCAUGGCAAGUAAAGGUUAUCCUGGAGACUACGCCAAAGGUGUGGAGAUCACAGGGUUUCCAGAGGCUCGUGCAUUGGGACUGAAGGUGUUUCAUGCGGGCACUGCCUUGAAAGACAGCAAAGUGGUGACUAAUGGGGGAAGAGUUCUUACAAUAACAGCCAUCCAGGACAACCUCCUGUCAGCACUUGAAGAAGCUAAGAAGGGACUGGCUACUAUAAAGUUUGAGGGAGCCAUUUAUAGGAAAGACAUUGGCUAUCGUGCCAUUGCCUUCCUCCAACAGCGCAGGGGUCUGACGUACAAAGAAUCUGGGGUAGAUACUGCAGCUGGGAAUAUGCUGGUCAAAAAAAUUAAACCUUUUGCAAAAGCCACCUCCAGACCAGGGUGUGAAGUUGAUCUUGGGGGAUUUGCUGGUCUUUUUGAUUUGAAAGCAGCUGGUUUCAAAGAUCCUCUUCUGGCUUCUGGAACCGAUGGUGUUGGAACUAAGCUGAAGAUUGCCCAGCUGUGCAAUAAACAUGAUACAAUUGGUCAAGAUCUAGUUGCAAUGUGUGUGAACGAUAUUCUGGCACAAGGAGCAGAGCCCCUCUUCUUCCUUGACUACUUUUCCUGUGGGAAACUUGAUCUGGAUACCACAGAAGCUGUUGUCAGUGGUAUCGCUAAAGCUUGUGGAAAGGCUGGAUGUGCCCUCCUUGGAGGUGAAACUGCCGAAAUGCCUGGCAUGUACGCUCCUGGAGAGUAUGACCUAGCUGGCUUUGCUGUUGGUGCAGUGGAGCGGGACCAGAAACUUCCGCACCUGGACAGAAUAACUGAAGGGGACGCAGUCCUUGGAAUAGCUUCAUCUGGAGUCCAUAGCAAUGGGUUUAGCCUUGUGAGGAAAAUUGUGGCAAACUCUUCUCUCCAAUACUCAUCUCCAGCACCAAAUGGUUGUGGGGACCAGACUUUAGGGCAGCUGCUUCUAACUCCAACUAGAAUCUACAGCCAGACACUUUUGCCUGUCCUACGUUCAGGACAUGUCAAGGCCUUUGCCCAUAUUACUGGAGGAGGUUUACUAGAAAACAUUCCAAGAGUCCUCCCUCCAAAACUUGGGGUGGAUUUAGAUGCCCGGACCUGGAGUAUCCCCAGGGUCUUCUCGUGGUUGCAGCAGGAAGGGAAUCUCUCUGAAGAAGAGAUGACCAGAACAUUUAACUGUGGGAUUGGAGCUGCCCUUGUGGUACCCAAGGAUCUGGCAGAGCAGAUUCUGAGAGAGAUUAAGCAGCACAAGGAAGAAGCCUGGAUGAUUGGCAGUGUAGUUUUAUGUCCUGCAGGUUCCCCUCGUGUGAAAGUCAAGCACCUGAUUGAAAGCAUGCAAAUCAAUGGGUCCACGUUGGAGAAUGGCUUUUUGGAAAAUCGUCUCUCUGUUCAACCAAAAAAGGCACGGGUGGCUGUCUUAAUAUCUGGAACAGGAUCAAAUCUCCAAGCACUAAUCGAUAGUACUCGGGACCCAAACAGCUCUGCACACAUUGUUGUUGUUAUCUCCAACAAAGCUUCGGUGACUGGACUGGAUAAAGCCGAGAGAGCUGGUAUUCCCUCCAAAGUAAUAAACCAUAAAUUAUAUAAAAGCCGUGUCGAAUUUGACAGUGCAGUUGACCAAGUCCUUGAAGAGUUCUCCAUCGACAUAGUCUGCCUUGCAGGAUUCAUGAGAAUAUUGUCUGGCCCAUUUGUCAGGAAAUGGAAUGGGAAAAUGCUCAACAUCCACCCCUCUUUACUCCCUUCUUUUAAGGGUUCGAAUGCCCAUGAGCAAGUCCUGGAAAGUGGCGUUACAAUCACUGGCUGCACCGUACACUUUGUAGCUGAAGAUGUGGAUGCUGGACAAAUUAUCUUACAAGAAGCGGUUCCAGUGAAAAGGGGUGACACUGUUGCAACUCUGUCUGAAAGAGUUAGAGAGUCUGAACACAAAAUAUUCCCAGCAGCCCUCCAGCUAGUGGCCAGUGGAACAGUACGGCUUGGAGAAAAUGGCAAAAUAUGCUGGGUCGAAGAGAAAUGAUGUCUUUUAAUUCAGAAGCAGAGCCAGUGUUGAAAGAAUUAGGUCAAAGAAGAUGAAACCUGUUAAUUCCAAAAUCUGAAAGAAUUACAGCUUUUUGUGUGGUGACUUUUUAUCAUGGACUUGGCCUAGAACAAAAGCUGCUAAAAGAGAAUGUUACCCUUACCACUAUGGCUACGUUUUUAUGUUUAGCUAUGGAGAGGGGUAGUGUAAAAAUAGACAAGCACAGCAUGAAUAGGAAUGUUUUAAAGCCUGUCAAUGUCAUACCCAGGACCACCUCAUGGAAGUCACAUGUAAGAGAUACUUAUCUAAUUGCUUAAGUUGUAAAGAGAAAACCAACAGCCCUGUUAACUGCUCCUGCAACAAGCUAUUUCCUACGGCCAGAUCAUCUGCUGCCAUUAGUAUUCCUCGCACAGACCGUGUUCAGAGACCUUCGGAUGCAAAGUCCACGUGCAUUCACACAGGUCCUUUUAUUGUAGUGGCUGGUUAGUUCUGGAGUUUACUCGGUACACAAAGCACGGAUUGGGUGUAUGCCAAACAAUUCUUUUAAGCUUAUAGAAAGUUCAAAACUACAGGAAAAUAGUGCUUGGUAAAUGCAGUAUAGCAAAAAAGAUUGGUAAAUUAGAAAAAUCAGUGGGUGCUUAUCUUAAGAGAUCAUUCUCUGCUCUUUCUGUAGUACUCAUCUCCAUGAAAAGGAACGAUAAUCAUAUACAUAUGAUUAAACUAUUGAAAUGUAUGAUUUGUGAAUUAUAUGUGAAUAACUAUUACAAAUUUUAAAAUUAGAAUAAUAAUCAUAAUCAGCAUAAGGUAACCUGAUUCCAUAUCUUAUAGUGUGAAUCAAAAUGUGUUAUGCCUGGUGGCUAGAAGCCAAAAUUAACAUGAAGAUAACAAUGGCAGUCACUAAAGACCCAAGUCCUCCUAAACUAGAUCUUAUUAGUUUGCCAAAUUGAGUGUCAUUUAUUUGGACAUAUUGUGACUCGAGCAGCUAUAGUAUUUAAAUGACUAUAAGUCAUUUUAAGUUAUCAAAAAGUAAUGCAAAAGGUAAAUGAUGCUGAUCUUAUGUAAUAAAUAUAUUUUAUUACA